UCUCACUGGCUGCCUCCGUGAGGCUGCCAUUCAGGCACAUGUGAGGUGUACAGAAAGCGGAAGCGCCCAUUGGGCUGUUCGCGUAUCCAUCUGACGAAGGAGGAUCCACAGGCUUUUCCUUUUUUCUUCUUUUCUUUUUUUUUUGGUGCCUCGGUACGGGAGCCGAGUGGGGACCGGCUGGUAACGCAGCGGCCGCGGGUCUCCACCCGAGAGUAUGGCAGCUGGAAUCGCACUGGAGAGCGGGGGAGAAGCGGAGACAUGUCAGAGAUGGUGAAACAGAAACAAAGAGACGCAAGUUCUUUAACUUAAAGUCAGGGAAUUUUAAUUUGGGAGAGUUUCUCUAAGGCGGUCUACAGCUUAAAAAAUCGUGCCUGCAGUUCAUUCCGAGGCUAAGCCAGCGUUUUCCCAGCGUCCUCGAUGGAGCAAGUUUGUUUUUUUAUGAAGUACAGAGAGGGGUGAGCUAAGCAGAUGAACACCCGCACGUUCAACAUCAUCGGGCGAGCUUCUUUUUCUCCCUUUGCGCAUUUUUCGGACACUUUCAGUCCUCGGAUGCUCGUAUAACUGUCAGUGUCUGGCCUGCAUGGGGGGAAUAUCUACAAUGAAAUCCAUCUUGAGGUGCCGAGUCUUUGUGCUCUGCCAUAGCUGAGCAGCAGCGAACAAGACUGUGUUAUUGACAGCCCGUUCAGAAUGGGACACGAAUGGUGAGCGUGAUUCGCACUGGAGCAUUUUGCGUUGAUUUCAAUGACGCGCGGAGAUUGAUACCUUACGACUUGAUUUAAAUCCCACGAUGCGCGAGUAUAAAGUGGUGGUCCUGGGCAGCGGUGGGGUCGGGAAAUCCGCCCUCACUGUGCAGUUUGUGACCGGGACGUUCAUUGAAAAGUACGACCCCACCAUAGAGGAUUUUUACCGCAAGGAGAUCGAGGUGGACUCCUCGCCCUCGGUGCUGGAGAUCCUUGACACCGCUGGGACCGAACAGUUCGCCUCAAUGCGCGACCUGUACAUCAAAAACGGUCAAGGAUUCAUAUUGGUCUACAGCCUUGUCAACCAGCAAAGCUUCCAGGACAUAAAGCCGAUGAGGGAUCAGAUCAUAAGAGUGAAAAGGUACGAAAAGGUUCCCGUUAUCUUGGUGGGGAACAAGGUGGACUUGGAAAGCGAGAGGGAGGUAUCAUCCAGCGAAGGUCAGGCUCUAGCCGAGGAGUGGGGCUGCCCGUUCAUGGAGACCUCGGCUAAGAGCAAAACUAUGGUAGACGAACUGUUCGCCGAGAUCGUUCGGCAGAUGGACUACGCCGCUCAGCCAGACAAGGACGACCCCUGCUGCUCCUCUUGCAAUAUACAAUAGCCCUGGGGAGGGGGGGGGGGGUACCAGGAACAGACCAGGCAAAAAGUCCACUUAGAGGGAACUUGUUUGACUUGCAGUGGACAGAUACACACUUAGACACACACAUGCACAUGCCGAUUAAACUGAAGAUGAAAAUCACAGUUGAGCGCAAUGGAUACCAAGUGAGUGGAGCAUAACAUUUGCAGUGACACGAUUAAUAAGAAUAAUAACACGUGAGUAAUGCGUACAUUUUGAAUGAAAAUUGCCAGGAAUUUGCCGCAAAGGUAAUUGACAAAUGACAAACAGAACAUGCCCUCGCCUUAUUUUACACUUUUUUGUUUGUUUGUUUGUUGUUUAAGUUAUUCCGUUAUGAGGAAGCAAAUAUUGUCAGCAAAGAAUAACAGAUCGGGAUCUUUAUUCAUUACAGCUUCCUAAACAAUCUGCUAGAAAUAACUGUUGUUAUUGCAGUUUUCAGACACACCACUGAGACGCAUUUCCUGUUACCAUGACUCUGUUGCAAGUAGCUGCUGAACACACAUGACAGAUUUCUGAAGAAGCAUUUGAUUUCCAUUAUGUACAAUGUUGCUCCCAGUUUAAUUCGAGGAGAGGUUGGCGGAGGGGUUUUUUUCUACUCAUCACAGGGCUGAACCAAAGAGGUUCCCUGAAAGCGCCUCAAUGUUCUUAGUUUUAUUUUUUCUGCUGUUCAAAAAAAAGAAAAAAAAGAAUGGAGAGAAAAAGGAUAAGUCGGUGUCUUUCUUUAAAAAAACAAAAACAAAAAAACAACGGUGCAAUCAUCUCUUUCCUAUUUUCUCACUUUGAGAUAUGAUAGUAAGCAUAGCGGAGUCUUUCACAUAUCGUGUGAUGUUUUGUUUUCCUCUCCGGGAGACUCUGACAGCAGAUUGCUGAGUAGUAAUAUAAGUAACUGCUUCAUCCUGACGGGACAAAGAGCGAUUUCAGUGUUUGAAUAUCUCCGCAGACCGUCUCUCCAAACUCUUUUCAGGAAUGGGUGACAUUUAAAGUGAAGAUGCCAACAUUUGUCAUACUUUUUUUUUCUUUUCGUCCUCUGGUAUCAAUAUGAAAUGUGGCGCUCCACAGUUUCGACAUCCUGAUGCCAUCCUUCAUGUGCUCAGAGUAUUCAAAUUCAUAGUAACAAAUAGCACCGACGGAGGCGGUGGUGAUAAUAAGAAUAAUAAAUGGUAGUGUAAAUAUUUUGUAUGGAAAAAGUGCCAGCUCCUAUGAAGACACUGACUCAACACAUGUGGAACUGUCAACUGUAUGCAUGGCUAGUGAACAAAAAAAAGGACUCUUAUUGUCUGAGAUUACUGUAGGCUGUGGAGAAAAAAAACGUGCAAAUCAAACACAUACAUGUCUGGAUCUGGACACUGUCUCAACUGUACAUCUAUGUUGCCACGGGAAGCAGACUUUCCCCGUGUGACCAUUUUCAUUGUUGAUUUUAUAUUUUUUUAUGUGGCCAUUUAUUUACUCUUUAUCCCUCUCUGAAUGGUGACACUGUUACAUUUGACACCUAAACAAUAAAAGUGCGUUCAACACUA